AUGGCGGAGAAGGAAGGAGGAAUCAUCAAGAAGGGUCAUGAGAAGGGCACAAAAAUGGCAGUCUCUAUUCUCAAACAGUUUGAGCUUUCCACAGGGCUCCUUUCUCUGGCUGAUGUGAUCGAAAUGGGUUUUGUGAGCAGCACUGGCUACAUGUGGAUCGUGCAAACGAAGAAAGUGGAGCACAAGUUCAAGUUGAUUAGCAAGCUUAAAAGGCGAAUCAAGAAGAUUAAGGGAGUGAAGGCUAAGGAGCUGAUGUCGUGGCCUCCUGUUAGUGAGAUCAUUGCAGAUAAGCCACCCACUCAGAAGAUUCACUUCAAGAGCUUGGCUGGGAUCACAAAAACUUUCCCAAUUGAGGCAUUUGUGGCUGGUCAGUAA